AUGGCGCUGUCGUAUGCGCCGCACCCCGUCGUGCCAGCCAGCUCCGGCCACCCGUAUCCGCCCGUGCUGCUCGCCAUCUUCGCUGCGUUGCGCUCGCUGCUCACGCUCUGCCCGCCGCCGCUGCACGAGUGCACGCGCGAGAUGGCUGCCAUGGUCACCCUCGCGAUCACACUUGCCAGUCCAAAGCAGCAAUCGACGGUGAAAUUGGAGGUGAAGGUACUCACCAAGAAGCAGCGCCGCAAACAGCAGCACGCACCCGCAUUUAUGGCGGUCAAGGCAGAGCCACCACGCCUCGGGCACACGCUCGCCCUGUCAGCACUCCAGCUGCUGGAUGUGUUUCUGCUGCGAGGACAUGUGCACAUGCCGCUGUCUGCCCGCGCCAAGCUCGACCACUGGAUGCUGCAGCUCUUGAGCGCUGCGGACUUUGCACAUGCGCCCCUCGACGACUCACAGUACGCUCAUGCCGGGCACAGCUGUACACGCUUCUGGCCACGAGCCUGUUGUGUCCCACCCCCCAAUCAGUGCGUUCACACGGGCUACGGCCACCUUCUCCACACAUUCCCCUGA